AUCUCUGCGCAAAUAGAGCCUCGCGUGCGGAGUUCCUAAAUUGACUGGCUGGGAACUUUUUCCGGCGAUGGCAGACAGCUGGUCCGUCCAGUUCAUACGUUCUUCAAACCGGAAUGUCGGAAAUUCGGAGGUGAUUUCAGUACAAAUCUCCCCAUUGUUGUGUUCGCAAGUUCUACAAUCCCUAAGCCCUUGCUUUUUUCCUUUUUUAUUUCUAUCUCUAUAUGCACCACCACAACAUCUUCUUCUUCUCUGCCGUUCACCGGAGCAGAGAAGAGAAGAUCAUCAAUCAUGGCCACACACGGUGCUCAGCCGCCGCCCUUACUGCAAAACCCGGGCUCCACAGAGGAUUACUGCAUGGGACGGAUGCUCGUCCAUUCUCCAGGAAUAUGGGCGGUCAACACGGCUACCAAUCAUUUCCGAUUCUUUGCUUAUUCCCUGCCUCGUAUGCUUGGACAGCUAGCUGUCAUGUUCUUGCUCGCCGAGCUGCUGCAUUUGUUGCUCAAGCGCUUCCGGUUGCCCCGCUUCGUCUCUGAACUUUUGACGGGUAUCAUCUUGGGGCCAACGGGGGUGGGAAGAUUAGAGUUUACAAGAAAAGUUUUAGUGAUGGACCAGGCAGACUUUUACAUGGGUUUAUUGUCAAAAAUUGGCUUCCUGUUCUUUAUAUUCCUGAGUGGAGUGAAGAUGGACCUGGGACUGAUUUCGAGAUCUGGUGUGAAGGCGUGGACAAUAGGAGUGAUUGCUGUUGCCAUCCCACAUUUUAUUUUUAUCUGCUUCAGUGAAGUCGGAAUAACGGAAUAUCCACAGAUUCACAGAUAUAGAUGGUCAGCUAUUCGGGCUAUCUUAAGAAUACAAAGUCAGUUUUCGUUCCCCGUGAUUGCACUUCUCGUUGUUGAUUUGAAAGUUAUGAACUCUGAGCUUGGCCGCCUUUCUUUGGCAACUGCAUUGGUCAGUGACUUGCUUGGCACUAUCGUCAUGGCCAUCUAUGUCAAUGUAAAGAUGGGAUCCAUGACUGCAAUGACUGUGGUGACAGUACAGGCUUUCGUUUCUGGCGUGGUGUGUGUUGCACUUAUUGUGUUCACAGCCCGCCCCCUUUCAGCAAUGAUAAUCAAGCGGACCCCUGAGGGAAGGCCGGUAGACAAGGCUUACAUCAUUCUUAUGGCAUUUCUGGUCUUUUUUGCAUCCCUAUUGAGUGACAAUGCAGGGAUGAGUUUCCAGUAUGGUCCUUUUAUACUCGGUUUGGCCGUGCAUGGUGGGCCACCGUUGGGAUCUACACUGGUGGACAAGCUGGAUACAAUUGUAUCAGGGCUGUUUGGGCCGCUUAUGGUGACUUUUGCUGGUAUGAAAGUGAACCUAUGCGAAAUUUAUGAUAUGGAGUUUAUUGGGUAUGUAUGGUUAGCCAUGCUGAUAUGCUAUUUCAUCAAAUACUUGUCAGUUAUCACCCCGGCUAUAGCUUGCAAAGUUCCUAUUACAGAUGCUAUUUCUCUUGCUUUCAUCUUGUGCACGCAAGGCGUUGUGCAGAUGUCUUUUUACUUGAACAACACUGUAAACCAGACAUUUGAUGAGGAAACCUUCUCCAUGCUGGUGAUGGCUAUAUUGAUCAUUGCUUCAGUCACGCAUUUUGCUGUGGCGUCUAUGUAUGACUAUUCAAGGACGUAUUCUGGGUAUCAGAAGAGAGACAUCCAACACAAUUCUGCCAACUCUGAGCUCAGACUGCUUACAGUUGCUCACCGGCUAGAAGAUGUUUUGGCAGCCAGGAAGCUGUUCGAAGUUUCUUGUCCUUACAGAGAGAGUCCUCUUUCAAUCUACUCAAUGUUCCUGGUUGAGCUCGUUGGCAGGGCAACCCCGCUGCUAGUUGAUCACCAGUUAGGCCAAAGGAACGCAUCUAGCAACUCGCGUUCCCAGAAAAUGAUGGACAUACUUCGUUCGUUUGAACUGCAGUACCUUGGGUAUGUUUACGUGCAGUUCUUCACUUCGGUAUCACUGCCAAAGUUCAUGCACUAUGACAUUUGCUCCCUCGGGUUUGACAAGCAGACAUCCAUGAUCAUACUUCCGUUCCACAAGAAAUGGAACCAGCAGGGCAAGCUUAUCCAGGACAGCAACAGCAUCAGAACGAUGAACAACAACGUGUUGGAAACGGCUCCUUGCUCCGUGGGUAUUCUGAUAGACCGUCAUAAGAUAAAGAACCCGCAACGCAUGUCAUCACCAGUGCAACACGUGGCCGUGAUAUUCCUGGGAGGAGCCGAUGACCGCGAGGCGUUAUCUUACGCCAGGCGCAUGUCAAGAUCACCCUCGGUUUACCUCACUCUGGUGCGCUUCGUUCCACUGGACCCUGACCUGUACAACGACCAGUGGGAUGCAGUCCUCGACGCAGAAGUGUUGAAGGACAUGCGGAUUCAGGCUAAGCACCAGGACAACAUCUUGUACCGAGAAGAACGAGUGAACGAGGGGGCUGAGACCGCUCUCGUGGUACGUGACAUGCAAGAAGUUUUCGAUCUUAUCUUGGUGGGGAGGCGCCAUACGGAUGACAUGCCACAGCUGUUUGGACUUAGUGAGUGGAAUGAAAUAGCUGAACUCGGGCCUAUUGGCGAUAUGCUCGCUGUGGAUACCACUUUGCCUGUCUCAGUUGUGGUGGUGCAACAACAAGAUACCAAAACCAAAUGAGCAAGUUAGGCUUCAAUCUUUAGCUCAUCAUUGUAUCAAAUGAACAUUGAUUCCAAUGCUGAUUUCAUCACAUGUUUCAUUGUUCCUUUGGGUGAUUGUUUGAUUACAACUUUACAUCUCUCAUCAUACAUCUAUACUGUUGCA